AAUGGCAGAGCCCCCCUGUCACCUCGGGCAGGGUGCACCAAUGUCCGCACUGUGCCUACAAUACUUUUGAUUCCUUUAAGUUGCGUAGACAUAUAUUGAAGCAUACUGGAGAGAGACCUUUCUCUUGCCCAUAUUGUUCUUAUGGCACUACUCGGAAAGAACUUCUCAAGGAACACAUUAAUAUCCAUACUGGUGGAGCAAGAGGCUAGCUAUCCAUGGACAGAUGGAAGAAGAACAGCAGGAGAAUGGCAGGGCCUCACCUCCUCGAGCAAGGUGCAUCAGUGUCCACACUGUGCCUACAGUACUACCGAUACUUACAAUUUUAGGAGGCACACCCUUAAACACACUGGGGAAAGACCCUUUUCCUGUCCCCAUUGUUCCUAUAGUGCUUCAAGAAAGGAGCUUCUCAAAGAUCACAUUAAUCUACACACUGGGGAAAAACCUUAUAGCUGUUCCCAUUGUUCUUACACUGCUUCCCAGAGGAGUUCUCUAAAUGUUCACUUGAGAAGGCAUGCGUCUGAGAUGAGGUUCAUGUGUCCAUAUUGCCCGUUUCAGUCAACACAAAAGGUUUCUUUGAAAGUGCACAUGUUAAAUCAUGUCACAAAAGAUACUCCAAUAUGAAAGUCUUAAUUAAGUAUUGAUCAGAUUUAGAUAGCUAAUUGAAAUUUCAAAUGCAAAAGUUGUAAAUAAGUGAUGGCCAUUUUUGGAUAUAUGUAUAUAUGUGUGCGUGUGUGAAUGUACACAGUCCUUUCAUUCUCUGUUAAAUUCAUUACAUUUCAUUAAUCUGCGGCUAGUCCCACAAAAUAUAUUAUACUACUUUGUAAAUAUUUUCUACUGUAAGAACUGUAGGUGUUUUGUAGUAUUAAUAAUAAAGAUGUUAUGUAA